UGCAUUUUGUGGCGAGAUUUUCAUCGAAAUCUUCUGUUCUUCGGCGAAUCCUUCAUUUUGCUUGUGGGAAUCGUCAUACUUGUUCAUUGUCAGUGUUCAUUGCAUCAAUAUUGGUGUUGAGUCUCUUUGCAAGCGGUUGCGAAGAUCCUUGUUCGUUGUUGGCGCUAUGUUGUAUCUAUUGUUGGUAUCAAAUCUCAAUUUUCAAAGCAAAUGCAAAUUGCAAAGGCGACUGGCCCCUUCAAUGAAGAGGCCAGUGGAGAUUGGUAAACUAAAGAAUGGACUUUACAAGCUCUUGCAAACUUCCCAUGCUGCUGCUACAACUCUCCAUCAUUCUAGUUCUUCUAAUAUUGAUUUUAUUUGUCACUCAAACUAUGUUGUUCCUUGUGAUUCUCAUGCAUCUAGUUCUACUUGUUACUCUACCCCUACUGUUUCAAGUUUUCCUGAUAUUUCAUGUACUAAUUCCUCUGAUAUGAAUAAAAUGGAAAUUUUUUGGCACAAUAGAUUGGGGCAUAUGCCCUUUGUAAGAAUGAAAGAUACUCCACAUAUUCUAUGUCAAUUCUCUUCCAAGCAACCUUUAAUUUGUUCUAUUUCUCUCAUGGCUAAGCAAACUAGACUUGUUUUUCCUGAUAGCUCUGUCAAGUCCAACCAUCCUUUUCAGUUUAUCUAUGUGGACACCUGGGGACCAUACAACAGUCCACUAGGGCAACUUGGACCCACCUUAUGGGUUCCAAAAGCAAUGCCUUCCCUCUGAUAGCUUUUGUUUCCAUAGUCAAAACCCAGUUUGGUGCUUCUAUUCAAAUUGUCAGAAGUGACAAGAUUAGGGUCUGGCACCUCUUCCAGUCAAUUUUUCUUAGAUCAUGGCAUAGUCCACCAAACUUCAUAUGCUCACAUACCACAACAAAAUGGUGUUGUUGAGAGGAAACAUAGACAUCUAUUGGAAACUUCCACGACCUUACUCUUUCAAUCUUAAGUUACCCCCUAAAUUCUGGGGGGAUUGUGUACUUACAUCCAUAUAUCUCAUAAAUAGGUUUCCUUCUAAAAUACUUCAGAAUAAAACCCUUUUUGAAUUACUCCAUGUUAAUUUUCCUUUUUAUUCCCAUUUUAGAACUUUUGGUUGUCUCUGUUUUUCUACUGUCCCUAAGUGUCAUAGGGAUAAAUUCCAACCUAAGGUUAAUCCAUGUGUUUUCAUAGGAUAUCCUCUCACCAUGAAGGGGUACAAACUUUACAAUUUGACUACCAAACUCACCUUCAUAUCUAGGGAUAUAAUUUUCAUGAACAUACCUUUCUUUUUUAUUCUUCAUCCCUUACCAAACCUACUCCACAUGUUAUCAUUCCUCCUGCUUCUUUUGAUUGCACAUUUGUCAUCCCACCUGGUCCCACCACCCCUGCAUCUUUUCCUUCUUCUUCCUCAGUACUUUCUAACUCACCACAUCCUUCUCCUAGAAGAUCUAGUAGAUUUCAUUCACUUCCUUACCAUCUCCAACAGUUUAUUUGUGAUCGUCCUCCAUCUUUAAGUAGCUCUAGUUUACUUCCAUCUGUUCUUCAUCUCUUUAUAAUAAUGUUACACUAGAACCACAUUUUUACCAUCAGGCAGCCUCUAUUCCUUCUUAGUAAGAGGCUAUGAAAGUUGAGUUUAUAGCCUUAAAGGCAAACAAUACUUGGUCUGUUGUGCCCUUGCCUGCUAGGAAGAAACCAACUAGUUGCAAGUGGGUUUACAAAAUUAAGUACAAGGCUGAUGGAUGCAUUGAAAGACAUGAGGCAAGGUUCGUAGUUAGGGGGGACACCCAAGUUGAAGGUGUGGACUUAAAUGAAACAUUGAGUCCUGUCAUUAAGUUUUCAACUGUCAAAUGCAUGGUUGUUGUAGCUGUUAAGAAAGGAUGGCCCCUUUUCCAACUUGAUGUCAACAAUGCAUUCUUGCAUGGUGACUUAGAUGAGGAAGUCUAUAUGAAACUUCCUCCAGUCUUAUCCACUGAUUGUCCUCCUUUGGUCUUUCACCUUCAAAAGUCUUUAUAUGGAUUAAGAUAGGCUUCUAGGCUCUCCCAAUCCCUUUGCUUAAGAGGGUAAAUCUAUUCACAAAAUGAUAAUUCUUUGUUCAUCAAAAAGACAUCCUCCUCUAUUGUCCUCCUUGCUGUCUAUUUGGAUGACAUAAUCUUUUCUAAUGAUGAUUUGCUUAAAAUAUCUACUCUCAAGUCCUUCUUGGACUCUCAGUUCAAAAUCAAGGAUUUGGGCACUUUGAACUAUUGAGGUGUGCCAUACUCCUACUGGCUUACUGUUGCAUCAAAGAAAGUUCAUCCGAGAUCUUCUUCAAGAAUAUAAGUGUGAUAUAGUGAGUCCUGUCACUUGUCCAUUGGAUCAUUCAGUCAAGUUGAAAUCUGAUGUGGGUAACCUUCUCCCCAAUCCUGAAUCUUACAGAACUUUAGUAGGAAAGUUGAAUUUCUUAACCCAUCCUAGGCCAGACUUGUGUUUUGUUGUUCAGCAUUUGAGUCAAUACCUUCAGAAUCCUACUCAGUCACAUAUGAAAACUUCCCUUCACCUCCUUAGAUAUCUCAAAGGUCCUGCUGAUGUUGGGGUUUCAUUUUCCAAUUCUCCUAAUUUUUCCAUAUCUGCAUAUUAUGAUAGUAAUUGGGCAGCCUACCCUGACAUUAGAAGAUCAGUCACUGGGUUUUAUGUCAUUCUGGGUGGUUCUCUUAUUUCUGGGAAGUCAAAGAAGCAACAUAUUAUGUCUCUCUCUCUCUCUCUUUAGCUGAAGCUGAAUAUAGGUCUGUUAGCAAAGUUGUUGCUGAAUUGGUGUGGUUGAUAAGGCUUCUUACAGACUUCACUGUUAUAGUGUCUACUCGUGUCCCUGUGUACUAUGAUAAUUAGGCUGCAAUUCACAUGGCCAAAAGUCCCAUCUUCCAUGAGCGGACCAAGCAUAUAGAGGUGGAUUGCCACUUCAUCAGAACUAAGCUCAAUGAUGGCCUGGUUGAACUGCAUCAUGUUCCAACUGCUUCUCAACUGGCAAACAUGUUUACUAAGCCCCUAACUGGGUUGCUGCACCACAAACUGCUGCUCAAGUUGGGUGCUCAAGCCCCCUCUAACUUGCUGGGGAGGGGGAGGGGGGGUGAUACGCUCAAAUUACACCUAUUAAUGGCGUAAAGUGGACGUUGUCAAAUAUAGUAACCCAAACAAAGUUGGGGUUGAAUGCCACAGGGAAUAUGGAGAGAAAAGGGUAUUAAUUGUAUGCGAUACUAGUUUUUAAAGGCUUUAAUCCUAUUCCGAAUAGUUUGAAAUAUUUGUUGAGUAAUGUAAUUGAAUACUUUGACUUGAAUUGUACUUAAUGCGAGAGAGAGACUAAGGUUGUGUUCCCUAUUUUGAUUAGAUAUUAUGCUUCAGGCUUCAAUGUGAUAUACUUCUAAUGGUUGUUCUAAGAGUAUGCACUUGAUCUUUUAAGGACUUCCUAAUGUUUCUCAACAGUUAGACAGUAUUUCCUCUUUAUGAUUUUUCCAAAUGUAAAAGAGUUGAAAUCGAAGAGCGAUCAAUAAUGCCAAUUAGACUUGUUCUUAUCCCUAAGUUAAUCUAUUAAACGAGGGUUAACCCCCCGAGUCAUCGUUAUUCAAUCUUACCAAUACUGACUCUAUUUCCCAAGAAAAGUUAGUAUAAUGACUUAGGCUAAUGCUUGCAAUCAUUACCCAACGCUGACGCACAAAGACAGAAUAAAUACCAACAACCAUUAUGCAUAUAUCAAUAGUAGAAACCCAUUCACAUAAUACCUAUCAUGGGAUCCACAACCUUAGAAUUAAAAUUAGCUACUCAUCAUUUUGGUUAACAAAGAAAGCUUAAAAGUUAACAUAAUAUACUUACGAUGCUAAUACAAUAUGGAAUGAAAGUGAAGUUGGUGCUUUAAAUGCUCCAACCACUUCAAAUAUUCAAGACUUAAAGUUAAUGCUCCCAAAGAAAAUCAGACUAUGAAUUAAAACCCUAACUUUAAGUAUUUAUAGGGCCAAAAAUUGCCCCAAAUUUCUGGACAAAAACACCUUUACGCGACAUCGUUACGGACCGUAACACAGGUUACGGUCCGUCCUUCGGUCUCGUCCUUUGUCAGCUUGAUAUAGGUCAACCGUUACAGCUUCUUGCGACGGACCGUAACACAGGUUAUGGUCUGUAUCUUCCAGCGGAUCAUGGCCUCAGUGUUCAGUGGCCAAUGCGUUACGCCACGACGUUACGCCCAUAACUUGAGUUACGGACCGUCCUUCUGGGCGUAACAUGUGACACUACUUAGGCUUCUUACUGAAAAUUUCCUUCAGCUUACGGUACACGUUACGGCCCGUAACAUGAGUUACGGACCUUCCUUUAUAGCGGCAGGCAUCUGGAUCAUCCUCUCUGGUACGGAUCACGUUACGGUCCGUAACUCGAGUUACGGACCGUCUUUUUGCUCCAAGUUAUCCGUUUUUUUAGUAUUUCUUAUCAUUUCCGUUCCUUAGUCAACCAACCCUACAAAACACCAAAAUAACAUAAGAAACCAUGUAAAAAUACUUAAAAACAAGCAACACUUCUAGUGAC